CGUUCGCUCGCUAGUCGUCAUGAGAGCUUGGUGCCUUUGAUCUUCAAGAAUCGAAGGGGAGGCUAGGGUUUGGAGUUUUGGUCUCUCGCAAUGUUCGAGGGGGUGGUGAGCCAAGUGAUCGCCGGCUACCUCGGUCGCUACAUCAAGGGCAUCCAGAAGGAGCAGCUCAAGAUCGGCAUAUGGAACGAAGAAGUAUUACUUGAGAAAGUGGAGCUUAUUCUUGAAGCUUUUGACUAUCUACAAUUGCCCUUCACAUUAAAAAAUGGACAUGUCGGGAAACUAAGCAUCAGAAUUCCUUGGAAGAAGCUAGGUUGGGACCCUAUCAUUAUUGUAUUGGAGGAUGUCGUCAUUUGUGCUUGUCAAAGAGAGGAUCAUGAGUGGAGUUCAGAAUCAGUUGAAAAAAGGGAACUGGCUGGAAAAAUGGCUAAACUUAAUGCAGUGGAACUUGCAAAGUUGUCUAAACGUGUAUCCGAUAAUCAAGCUGGUCCAUCAUUUAUUUCUUAUAUUUCUGCAAAGAUUCUUGACAACAUCCAAGUUUCAGUUCGAAAUGUUCAUAUGAUAUACAUAGAUUCACAUAUUGCCCUGAACCAGUUUGUUUUUGGUUUAAGGUUUUCUGGUCUCACUAUUAUGACUGAUUCACGGAGGCAUCUUUCUACCAUAUCCACUGCGGGGAAGUCAAGAGGCAGUCAAGUCUCCAAGAUAAUUGAGAUCUCAAAUCUUGCACUUUAUUGUACACUUGGAGGAGACCAAAAUUUGUCACUGAAUGAUGCAGGCAAUGCUCAAUUAUAUUGCGAUGUAAAGUUAGAUUUUGAGGGUUUUGACUAUUUAGUAGGCCCAUUCGAUGUAACUGUGUCUCUGCUGGUAAAUAAAGCCGGAAAGAGUGAUGGCACUCCUCAAUAUGCUGUCAAUGCUGAGCUGAAUUCUUUGAUCAUAUCUUUGAAUGAGAUCCAGUUGCAACAAAUUCUGAGUCUCUGGGAUUACUUCACAGUGUGCAGGCUACGAGAAAAGUAUGGACGAUAUCGGCCCCUUUAUAAAUCUUUAUUGGAAAAGAGUAAUGGUUGGCAGAGGAUGUGGUGGCAGUAUGCACUGAAAUCUGUAUUGGCAGAUGUUCAUCGGAAAUUGCAGAAGACUUCAUGGACCAACUUUGGGAGACGAAUAAACGACCGCCGGAAAUAUGUGGACCUAUACAGAAGAAAACUUGAACUACUCCAGCUAGAUCAGCUUGUAGAUAAAGAUAUUCUGGAAGAGCUGGAUAAGAUGGAUAAAGAAUGCGAUAUUGAUGAUAUCCUGAGCUACAGAUCUAUUGCUGAGCAGCAGUUGCAGGAGCUUCACUUGAACUCAAAAAACUCUAAAUCUGGAGCAACUGAUCCUAUAUCCAGUGAGGACAAGCAAUUCAAUAGUGAACGUUCAUAUGGCAGAGCUCGAGGAUGGUUAAAUUGGUUGUCCCUUGGCAUGCUUGGUGCUGGUGGAACUGCUGAUUCCAAUUCAUUUGCUGGUGUUAUUUCAGAUGAUAUCAUUAAGGAUAUCUAUGAGGCAGCUGAAUUUCAUCCAAUGCUUACUGUUAAUGAUGACUCCACUGAGAGGGAUGGUUUUUGUUUAGUUUCACUCAAGUCCAAUAUAAAUCAAGUUGUUGCUUCAAUUGGUAGCAAGAUAUCUGGCAGGAAAACAGCGGAAUUCGUAUUUGGUGGAAUCAGUGCUGAAUGUAAAUAUUGGGAUGGUUCAGCUUCUAUUGUUGCCUUGAUUAACUCGCUGAAAAUAAUCAACCCACAUGAUGAGAGUGCCAUAUUAGCUUGUGAACAGGAGUUAUUUCAAGGGGAUUUAUUGAAGGAUGUUCCAGCUUUUGUUGGUAUACAUGUUAAAAUACCUAAUUCAGACAAAAAAUCAGUCAAGGUUGUGCUUCAACCAUUCGAAACAACCUAUGAUUCAGAUUUCUUUUUGGGCAUUUUACAUUUUUAUGAACUUCUGGCAUCUUUCCAGUUCCAGCAUAAUAGGAAACUUGUAGUUAAAGAUUUCAACUGA